AUGGAAGAUUGCAAGGCAAUGAGCACUCCUAUGAAUCAAAAGGAGAAGCUGGUCAAAGACGAUGGAGCUGCCAAAAUUGAUGAAGCUGAAUUCAGAAGCUUGAUAAGAUGCCUAAUGCAUUUGACAGCUACCAGACCUGACAUUCUAAAUGUAAUAAGCAUUCUAUCCAAAUUCAUGCAUUGUUUGAAUGAGACUCACAUGAGGGGUGCAAAGAGAGUCAUCAGAUACAUCAAGGGAACUUGGAACUAUAGAGUUAAGUUCUUGAAGCAUAGAGAGUUCAAGUUAAUUGGUUUCUCUGACAGUGAUUGGGGUGGUUCAAGUGAUGACAUGAGUACUUCUGGUUAUUGUUAUUGUCUUGGAUCAGGGAUGUUUUCUUGGAGCUCGAAGAAGCAAGAAAUUGUAGCUCAAUCCACUGCUGAAGUAGAAUUUGUUGUCGCGACGAUACCAUCAGAAUCAAGCUCUCGUUAA